UGAUGCACUAGUCUAUGUCUUUUAUAUGGUUGAAUAUGUAGUGUGUGUAGAUAAUGAAGAUUCAUACACCAACAAACCACAUCCACAUGCCAAUUAUGCCCCAAUAACAAAAAACAUUCCAUGAAAAACAAUACAUUCCAUGAUAAAGCUAGAAUUAAAAAGCUAAAAUAUAGAAUUAAUAUAUAUUCUACUUCAUCUAGUUCCUUAUAUUCUCCUACCAACAACAAAACCACACCACCAUUUUUGAUUUCCUAAGCUAAAUUUCCUAAUUUUUCCCUCUAAAAUACCCAAAAAAAAAAAAAAAAAAUGGUGUCUUCAACUUAUGUUUUCUCCAAUAAAUUCCCAAGAAGAAUUUUGUCACAAUAUUCAUCACCAUUGUAUCAUCAUCCAACACCAUCACCACCACCAUUAGACUACCAACUAUACAGCGCAACGAAAAACGAAACAACCUUUGAUUCUAAUGUUGUAAUGAUCCUUUCAGUCUUACUAUGCUUAUUAGUUUUCUCCAUAUGUAUUAAUUGCUUAAUUAGGUGUAUGUUUAAGUGCUUAAUUUGGAUUACUACACAGCAAGAAGCUAAUCAUGUUCUUAAUAACAAUAAUAACAAGGUUGUUAUGAGUGGUGUUGAUAAAAGGGCAUUGAAUACAUUUCCUAAGGUGAAAUACUCCAAGAAGGUGAAGAUACAAGGGUUAAGUAAUGAAUGUGUUAUUUGUUUAUGUGAGUUUAAGGAAGGAGAAAGAGUAAGGAUCCUACCAAAGUGUAACCAUGGUUUUCAUGUUAAGUGUAUUGAUGUGUGGCUUAGGUCUCAUUCUUCAUGCCCUACUUGUAGACACUCUUUGCUUGACACUUGUCAAAAAAUCAUUGGAUUUAAUGAUGAUCAUGAUCAUCAAGCUUCACCAUCAUCAUCAUCAUCAUCGUCAUCAUCAUCAUCACCAUCAUCAUCAUCUUCAAGAGAGUUGAUUGGUAUUAGUAUUGAGCCACUUGAAAGGGAAGAUUUUGUUAGAAAUUAGUGUAUAAUUUCACUUUUUUGGGGAAUUUUAAUAGCCAAUCAACCAUCCAAGAGUAGGAAGUAAGGAUGAUUUUUGUUUUCAAUUUUCUAGCUUUAAUGUACAUAAAAAUCUAUACUAUCUAUGUGCUUCAUGUUUAUAUGUUUCAUGCAAUUCUUAUUCGUUAAAAUAACAUGUUAUACA